AUCGGAUUUGUUGUUCACGAAAUCGGCCACGCUCUUGGAUUCUAUCAUACGCAUCAAAGAUAUGACCGUCAUAAAUACGUUCAAUAUUAUAAACACAAUUUAAACAGGACUCUCCGUAGCCAGUACAAAAAGGUGAACAAGACUGUCAGUAACAACCACGGAGUAGCAUAUGAUCCUGGUAGUGUAAUGCACUACAGAGCGUACGGUGGUAGCAUCAACAAGAACCAUACCUUGGCUCCUCAUGAUCCUUUGUACAAAGAGACCUUAGGGUCUCACAGGCUUUCGUUCUACGACGUGAAGCUAAUGAACAAGUACUACGCAUGCGAUAGUAGAAAUGGCGGAUAUCCUCAUCCUCGUAACUGCUCUGAAUGCCUUUGCCCUAGGGGGUACGGUGGACAGACCUGCGAGGAGAAGCCAGAAAGAUGCGGUGCACGACUGCAGGCGAAUAACACAUGGCAACUUCUCAAUGAUACUCUCGAUGGUAGGAUUGCCAGCCAGGAGCUAGACGGUUAUGAGGAAUGUGUCUAUUGGAUUAAGGUAUGCACAAGAGGUGAAGUUGUAGAAGUGCAAAUUGUGGAGCUACCCGAGAAUGCCACUGUUGGUGGAUGUGUAUAUGCUGGUGUUGAAAUUAAGGCACAAGUGGAUCAAGCCCUAACUGGUUACAGGUUCUGCUCAGAAGGUGCUAUCAACAUUAACAUCACUUCACAGGUUGAAACUGUUCCUGUGAUAACCUACAACGGCCGAAACCGCACUGCUACCACACGACUCAGGUACCGAUCCGUCCCAAAUGUAACUGUAACCUCCGAAAGCGACACCACGGCAUCACAAAGUUGA